UUUAUUAUGAAAUCUUUAAAUGCUGUUCGUUACUUGACAUUGUCUUGCAGUUUAGUAGGACUUGCUAGUCAUUUUGCUCAAUGUACAUUAUUCUCUGUCUAUCAAAGUCAGACAGGAGUUCCUAGUUGGUUUACAGCAGGGCAUUGGCAGUACCUGGCAUCGUAUGUAGCAUAUGGUCUGUCCAUUGCAAGCGCAUUCAUGAUAUGCAUUCAUGCUACAUGUUGUAAGCGUGGACAUAUAGUAAGAGGAGAUAAACUGCUAGGAAUUGCCAACACCAUUGUACUGGCAGGUGCUGUAGUGAUCAAUACGUUCACAGACACUCAAGAGCCAUGGACACAUGGUAUUGUUGAAUUCAAAGUACCAGCCAAAGGCUUUAUCACCUUUUGCUCUUUACUUGAUCAAGAACAUGAUGCUACUUAUCCUCUUUUAUUUCAAAGAUGUUUAUUGUUUAAUUGUACUUAUAUCUUCCUUGUGGCAGUAUGUGCUUUAUGGAUUCUACUUGUGCUUAUUUCUUGUUCUGUCAGACCAAAAGAAAAGCCCCUUAUGGAACAACUCCCUCAAGCUCCAAUGUACCAUCUUUGCGCAACAAAAAAGAAGCCAAUAUUGUUUAACCAUUCCGAUUUUCAGUAUUUUGAUCAUUCUAUGCCACUCUAUAGUACGCCAAAAACGCCACGAGUAGGCAUAGCCAGAGAUCAAUGUAACAGUAACAAAUUAUCUCGUCAUCACUUAUCAAAUGGACUGAAUUCACCAUCAGCUACUUCGUCAUAUAUUGUAGACUAUAAAUCUUAAUUACUAAAAAUGAUAUGCAGCAGUAUUAUUUGCAGUGGGUAAUGGGAAAACAAUAACUGCC